AUGGAGCUUAGCAAUUUCAGACUUAUUUUUUUGCCAUUGUCAUUGAUUGUUAUUUUAACUCUGUGUAAGUGCAGCAGGAUAGCUAAAUAUUAUGUCAAGUUAAUUUUUUAUAAUAGUAGUAUUGUAUUAUUGUCAUGGUUCCUUAUCCCUUUCUUCUUAAUUCGUCCUGGAAAUGAAGAAAAUUUAUUAACUUAUGCAAAUAUUGCUAAACAUUUUACAACUUUACUAGGCAUCAAGUGGACUUUGAGAGGUGAAAAUUAUUUAGCUCAAAAUAAAUCAUUUAUCAUUAUUGCUAAUCAUCAGUCGUGUUUAGAUGUUUUGGGAUUAUUCAAUAUUUGGAGUAUCAUAGGACGUUUGACUGGGAUUGCAAAGAAGGAACUAUUGUUUUUCUUUCCUGGUUUGUAUUUGGCAGGAACAAUUUUUAUUGAUCGCCACAGCCCUAAAGGAAAAGAAGUAAUAAAUGAAGCAAUGGACAGACUUAAAAAAGUGAAUGCCAAACUAUUGGUAUUCCCAGAAGGAACACGCAGAAACACUGGCGAAAUCCAUCCAUUCAAAAAAGGAGCAUUCUACGCAGCAAUUCAUCAUCAAGUUCCAAUUGUUCCAGUAGUCAUUAGUUCAUACUUGCACUUUGUGGAUCACGAAAAGAAAAUGUUUGAUGAAGGUGAAAUGAUCAUUCGUGCGUUGCCCCAAAUUUCAACGACUGGGGUUACAGCCAAAGAGAUUAAUGAUUUCAUGGAACGGAUCAGGCAACAAAUGAUAAAAGUUUAUGAAGAAACAUCUGCAGAAGCUGCAAAAAAUUAA